CCUUCGCAGAGGGCGAGCAGCUUCCGGAGCCAUGGGAACUGGCCUGCGCAGUCAGUCCCUGCGGGGACCCCGGCCCUCCUAUGGGAAGCUCCAGGAGCCCCGGGGAACACCCCGCCGGGCACUGAGCCUCAGACUGGGCCAAGAGAAGGCCAAGUCCCAAGGUCUGGAUGGUGGCACAGAAGGGCUAGACACCCCUGUUUCUGAACGGCUGUCGGGGACCCUGGAAGACACAGAGCAGCUGAUCCAAGCCCAGCGAGGAGGCAGCCGGCGGUGGCUGAGGCAGUACCGACAGCAGGUGAAGAGAAGGUGGGAGAACUUUGUCGCCAGCUUCCCCAGCGUGACCUUGAGUCGGCCAGCCACCCAGGAAACCCCCUGUGAGCACCCCCAGCUAGAGAUGCAGGACGCCCCCCUGGGAAUGCCUGCCAGCUGAUCUGUUUCUCCUCUGGACUCUGGACUGCUCCUGCCUUCCUGGAGGAGGCUCUGCAAUCAACUCUGCGCCUUGCAGGCCGGUCCUGCUGCUUGGAUAUCUUGGCCACAACCUCAACAGAACAGAGAAAGGGCUCAGCUCUCUGCCCACUGAGUUUGGGCCCUUGGACCGUGACGCAUAUUAAGAUUUUGGAAGUGCUCAUCUCCACAGAAGUGGGGGGGGGUGUCAGUGCCCCUGGCCCCCCCACAAAACCAGGCAUCCACGUCCAGGACAGAGCUUGGUGAAGUCAACCCAUGACUGAGGCUCUUGGACAUCAUCUGGUCACAGGGCCAAGCUUGGCCUGUCCUUCCGGUCACCUGCACCUUCUGGUCACCUGCUUGUGAGGAGCCAGAAAAUGGCAGGUCUCCCUUACAGAUGGCGAGCCCUCGAGGGCAAGGACCCCAUCUGCUCAGUCCUCAGUUGGGUCUUCUGUGCUGAGAGGCACAGGCCUGAAUGUGUCUGCCUUUGGGACUCAUAGUAUCCCAAUGAGGGAAUUAGGGGAACCUUCCAUCUCCAUUUAACAGAGGGAGAAACUGAGGCCCAAGGUGGAGUAAAGGGGGGAACUGAGGCCUGGAAAUGGAAGGGAUUUGCUCUUUAUGACUUCUCUAGCCCCACCUCACCCCCCCCCCAAUGGCUGCCAAGACUGGGGCUGAAAACAAAGUAAUAAAGGUGCUGAGCUGAAAUAAACAAUUUGCCUCAUGAC